AUGGAUAUUCCAUCCACAUCAGGCAAAAGCAAUAACACUUUUGAUAACAGUGAUGUCUCUAGUAUUGAUGAGACGUAUGCAGAUUCAGCUUCCAGUUACAAUCCUUCUGAUAUUGAAGAUUCAUUAAGUCAAAAAAGUAAAGGUGAAAAUGAAAAUGUAUUGGUGACUGAUGAGAAAUUACAAAGCAGUUUUCAGUCUAACGGUAUUGCGAAUCCUGGAGAAAUUCUAAGAAGCAGAGACAUUGAAGCAGCUAAAUUUAGCAAUUUACAAGAUUUGUUAGUGUAUGUACCACCUUAUUUACAUAACUUUUAUAACAAUCUAAAUGUUACAAAUUUAGAUCAACGUAUACAAAAUAAUGAUGAUGGUGAAGAUAAUGUGUUUUACGCUAUAGAAGAUUCCGAACAAAUGAUGGAAUAA